AUGUCUGAUACAGAGAUUCCUCCGGGACUAGAGGGCGACCUCGUAGAAGUCGAAUCGAGUGGCUCAGGAGAAUGGGCAGCUUUCGACUCGCGGAAGUGGUAUACAAACGCUCUCGUCUUCGAUCCGAGUGGUAGCAAGGUGCUGCUGGGAUUGAAGAAGAGAGGGAUGGGGACCGGUCUUUAUAACGGGUUUGGCGGCAAGGUCGAGCCCGGCGAGACCCCUGCGGAAGCUGCGAGAAGAGAGUUGAAGGAAGAAGCUGGCAUAGACGCCCCGUUACAGCAUUGCGGCUCUCUUACGUUUGUAACAGAAGACGAGGCGCGCGUCUACCAGAUAGAGCUAUACCGGGCCUCGGAGUACACCGGAGAGAUUGCCGAAAGUGACGAGAUGAUCCCACAAUGGUUCUCGACAGGUGCGGCUUCCGCCGGCAUAGUCGCUGGAGACGAGGGUCUGCCCGCGAUACCUUACGAACAGAUGUAUCAAGAGGCAAAAAUCUGGGUGCCACUGAUACUGGCUGGGAAGCAUGUAGUCGGGCGCAUAGACUUCGUUCCAAACGCGUCUGCUGAGCGGAAGUAUGAUAUGCGGAGGUGGUGGUUCGGUGUACCUAUAACCCCAUAG